CACAAUCACUAAAAUUGGGCUGUGACUGCGUUCAGAAUUAAUAAAUCACAUUCAAACUCAUAUGUGUGCUCCAGUCCACUUGAUGGCGUUGUCUGCCGUCAAAGCUCAUAACGACGAUAUCCCUCCAAACUACAGAAACUACUGUAACAGGAACAUUCCGGUGGCCGAUGUUCCGUUUCAACAUCGCCAUCGUCAUACGAUUUGGGUCUUUAUGGAACAUUCAAAUGUUGAUAUUUCCAGUAUACCUACGCAGGACACUAAACCACACAAGUGGGAAGCUGACGGCGAGACCUCUGUGCUCGUCAGCCGCUCAGCCACUUGACGAUGACGUUCGAAAACACAACAAGCCCAAACAAGCUUCAAUCCCACAGGUCACCCAAACGAGUAAAAAAGCAAGAUCUUCAUGUCAGCUAAUACUGGACCAUUUUGAUGAGCAGUAUAGUGAAGAGCUCGGGGACUUGUGGACAUCUGCGAGAUCUGUGCUGCUUGACCCACCAUCGUGGCAGUAUGGGGUAUUGCUCAAUCGCUUCACUGUACUGACAGACAUCAAGCGUGUCCUCUUGUCACAAGGCUUUUCCACACUACUGCCUCAGAAAGAAGCCCUGACAUCGCCCGGUGUUUUGCGCACCAUGUUCAGUGCUGAAUGUCAAAUGUCCAAGUCUCCGAGUGAUAACUCCCAUCUGCAGCGUGACAACAGCUCUCGAGCUCCCGUUCAGCAGGCUCAGUCAGAAUCUCGCCUCGGUCCGCCCUCCUCGUCACUGCAGUGUUACAUCCACCCAAAUCCGCUGCGUUUUCCAUCGCAGGCUCACAGGUCGGGCCAACUGAAGCAAUACUACCUCCUCAACGCCGCCUCCUUGCUCCCGGUGCUCGCUUUGCAAGUCAGAGACGGAGAGAAGGUUUUGGAUCUUUGCGCCGCUCCCGGGGGCAAAGCUUUGGCUAUAAUGCAGUGUGCCACCCCAGCAUUCCUCUGCUGCAAUGAGCCCGAUAGUCACAGACUCGGCAGGCUGGCUAAAACCUUGGAGUCGUUCCUGCCGCGCUCAUUGAGCAGCAGAGUGGCUGUCUCAGCCCAGGAUGGACGCUCCUUUGGGGAAAGUCAGGCGGGGAUUUAUGACAAAGUCCUGGUUGACGCGCCAUGCUCCAAUGACAGGAGCUGGCUGUUCUCGUCUGCUGGCCAGCAGGUGGAACAGAGGUUAAAGGAAAGAGGCAGGCUGCCGCAGCUCCAAGUCCAACUUCUACGGUCCGCACUGUCAGCUGUGCGUCCAGGGGGAAUUGUGGUCUAUUCAACAUGCACCAUGUCCAGCUCAGAGAACUUUGCUGUGGUGGAGGCGGUGCUCAAAGACUGUCCUGAAGCCGAACCCGAGGACCUCUGGGACGAGAUUGCAAAUCCCUUAUCGAGCUACUUCACAUUUAGCCCUGCUCACUGUGUUAGUGGACUGGUACCUAACAGCCAAUCUCUGCAGCCACAGCAUGGCCGCGUAUCCUCAUACAACCGCACACUGGGCAUUCUAGUAGUUCCCCAACCUUGUAAAACCUGGGGACCGAUGUUUUUAUCUCGCCUCAAAAAGAGGAAAUAACGUGUCUUUUUCACAAAGAGAUUCCGAAAAGUAUAUCAUUACAUUUUUGUUCUGCCAAUUUUGGGGAAGGAGGCAUUGUACACCCUCAAAUGUAUGCCAGACAACUGCAGGGCACAUAAGAACAAACAACCAUUCACAGCUCCGGACAAUUUAGAGUCUUCAAACAAAUAAACAAUCAUUUGUACUCACUUUAACAUCUAUGGGGAAUUUAAAGUCUUCGAUUAACCUACCCUGCAUGGUUUGGGACUGUUGGAGGAAACCGGUGUACCCAGACAAAACCCAUGCAGGCAUAAGGAGAAUAUGCCAACUCCACACAUGUGGUGCUGGGAUUUGAACCCUGGUCCUCAGAACUGUGAGGCAUAUAUGCCAACCAUUCAUCUUGCCAUCUUUUAUGUGUUCCAAAAAGCAAGUAUUUACAUCUGGCUUUCAAUUAACCAGUUCAUUUACCUUCGACAAAGUUCCAAUUUUCCACUGUGCAAUGUUUGAUUAUUUGAAGGAAAAUCAGUAACUUCGAAUUGCAGUUAUAUGAAUCUCCUUUGCUCUCAAUUACAAGUCAAACAAAAAUGCAGACAAUGGAAGAUUUCUUCUUCACAGCUUCUUGUUUUGAUCAUUUAACUAAAUUUGAAGGAUGAUUCUUUAGGGUCUGUGCCUCUAGUCAGAAAACCGAGGUGCAAUUUUAUCAAACUAAUGUAGCAAUUGUACUUGGAAAUAUGUGAAGCUGUUCGUGGGAAUUCUCAAACAUGUCCUCUCAUGCUAAUAGAAAAUGUUAGAGUUGAAGUUAAUGCUACCCUGUGGUGUCCUUUAAAAAAAUUAGUACCAUUUAAGUAGCACAACAUCAAAUUAUACACCCUUCAACAAAUCAUCAAGUUCUAUCAUCCCCCAGAAGCUCAUCACCUGAAAGCGGUCAUGCCAAAGUGGUCAGUACAACUCUUACCCAACUACAAAAUGGCCUUAAAUACAGCAUAAAAAAACCUCGUCUCAGCACUAAAAUGGCAGAUGGGGGAGCGGUUGAGGCCGCCCAAUCCAAAUUUGAAUAACCACCAAAUACUACACUUUUAUAGAUGCUCUACCUCCUUGAUGUGGCUUAUUUACGUCUUUAAGAUCCAUGCAGUAGCGCCUGAAUGACUGAAUAUGAGUUUUAAAAAACUGGAUGGGGAUCUGUAAUCUCACACCAAAUAACCUGAUGGCCAUACCAGCACACCAGACAAAAUGAUAAGAUAAAUUGAUUUGUUUACUAGUUGCCAAAUUGGUAUUGUUUUAAGUGAGCUUUUGUAAUUUUGCUAUGAAAUAAAAUUGAGUUGUCUCCG